AUGUCUCCAAAUAAGAAUCAAAGAUCUUCUGAAGCUAAUGCCACCUACUCUACAGGUUUUUCCAAAAAAACAACAAACAAGGCACCUCAAUCAAAUUAAACACCAAUUUCAAGUUAAUUGCCAGAAAUUACCAAAAAGAAAACUAAAAAUGACAUACUCUGCUAUUCUUAAGAGUUUCAAGAUAUACUUCAGGUUGAAAUUGAUGAGAGGUAUCGAUAUUUGGUUAAAAAUGGAACAAUCAAAAAGAUCGAGAAUGGAGGAAACAUUAUUUUCUCUGAAUUAUAACAAAUACCUGGCAUUUGGGUUUGUUAUAGACGACCCAUGGAAAGAUCUAAUAACUUAGAAAAAUUAAGUCUUGAUUAUUUAGAUUUGACUCAUAUGCCAUUAUUGGAAGGAGAAGAAAAGUUAAAAAUUCUCACGUAUCAACAUAAUAGAAUAUAAUCAAUCCAAAAUCUUGUUUCAUUGCCAAAUCUACUAUAUCUAGACUUGUAUGACAAUUAACUUAAAGAAAUUGAUGAAUUAAAAUAAGUUUAAAAAUUGAAAGUGCUAUUGUUACCAAAAAAUUAAAUCAGACGAAUAUAAAAUUUAGAUCAUCUCACCAAAUUAGAAGUCCUGGAUUUACAUAGCAAUCGUAUUAUUAAUUUAGAAGGAUUAAGUAAAUUGAAAAGUCUCAAAAUUUUGAAUGUCGGUAACAAUCUAAUCACAAAAUUGGAAGCACUUGAAGAAUUAAAUUCUUUAAUUGAAUUAAACAUUAAAAUGAAUUAAAUUGAAAACAUAGAUCACUUAUAAGUCCUCCCUUAAUUAUAAAAAUUAUUUAUGUCUUAAAACAAAAUAAACUCUUUCCCUUGCAUUUUCAACCUAUCUGAAUUAUCUCUUGAAAACAAUCCCAUUUAAACCAACAAAUCUGAUUACUAUAGAUAUAUCUGCUAGACUUUUGAGACAUUAAGAAUUUUAGAUGGGAAACCUAUAGAUUAGAUCAAAUAAGAAAUUUUGUUUGCUGAAAUACCAAAAACUGAACCAAUCAAGAAGAAAACUGUCAAUCAACAACCACAAUAAUAAUAGCAGAUCUAGCAAAAGACAAAAAAGCCCAAUUAAAUGGGCCUAGAAAUUCUUGGAGUGGCUUCAGAGUUUAAAACAAAGGAGGAUAUUGUUCCUUUUGCCUAAAUUAAAAAGGACCCAACAACUUAUAAAAAUUCAUUAGGUUAAUAAUAAAGUUAGUAGUAAUAACCCUUAAGAGAAACAAUACCAAGUAUAAAGAACUCUUUGACAAAUACUGCUGCUGCUUAAGAAGAUGAUAUUUUAGUAUUGAUUAAAAAAUAAUGGACAGCAGAAUCUAGAAGAAUUUAAACACUAGAAAAAAAUAAUUAAUUUAAUAAGAAGAGCUGUUUAGAACAUUAACUUGUAGAAGGAGGGCAUGCUGAAGUCGAGGAUGAUGUCUUUUUGCUGAUUUAUGGCACAGCUUCGGCUAUGGUAUUACCAACUUAAAAUUUUAGUUAAAUAAUUGAAAAAAUCCAUUUUUAAUAUGUAUUCUUUGAUUCUAUCAUUGACACUUAAUUGACAAUUCUACAAGAUUAUUCAAAAUUAAGAGAAUUAAUUUUAAAGGAUAAUUACAUCAAUAGUCUGUUACAAUUAGCCAAAUUAGAACAUUUAAAUGAAAUUCAAAAAUUAACAAUACUAAACAAUCCAAUUAAUAACUGCUCCUUCAUGUUUUAAUUUUUGGUGUAUAGGUUUCCAUCCAUGAUUUAAAUUAAUGGGAAAGAUAUAAGAAAUGAUGAUAGGCAAAAAGCAAAAUAAUUAUUCUCCAAUUUUGACAAAUCAUUGUAGAUUCCAGAAAAAUUAUAAAAUUUUGAAAAUAUACGACAACUAAAGAGUUUCUAAAAGGAUAGAUCCUAUAUCAAACAAUUUCAUAAAUGUUUGAACGAUGUUUCAAAUGAAUAAAAGAUUGUAUAUAAAUAUCGAAAGACUUUUGACAAUACUUAUGAAGAAUACUUGAUUUAAUUAAUCCAAUAAUGUAAAGAGAAAGAAAAAUGA